AGAUCCGGUGGCGACGUAUGCGGAACAACGGUGCUGUGAUGGAAAGGCUGCCUGCCGAGCAAGGCGUGCGGGUCCCAGAUGACAAGCCUGGGGCCUUCCCGAUGCGGCAGCUGAGGAAGGCGAAGAACCUUUACGGGAAGAUGGUGUGGCAGGAGACCUUCACCCCGAAGAAGACCUUGUCCGUGAUGAUCUCCGCAGGCGCCAGCCCAAGCCCUCCGCCAGACGCAGAUGCCCGGGAGCUUGCGGCGGUGCUUGAUGCUACGGAGGCAGAAGAGCGGUCGUUGUCUCCAGCGCCUGACAAGGAGAGCCCAAAGGAGAAGGUGGUGAGCGUAAGGUUCCGCACCAACAGCAUUGAGGCUCCCUCCGAGUCCUCCAGCACUCUGACGGCGCAGAGCGGUGAGACGAUGGACGACGCGAUGUCGGUGGUGAGUUCUGCGCUGGCGGCGGCGGUGGUGCGGCGGGACUCGAGCUGAGAAGAAGUGAGUGGCUAGCCGACGGCGAAGAGCGCCUGGUCGGGACGAUCGAUGAAUCUUUCUCCACGCGAUGUGAGCUCGGAGGGAUUUGGGCCGUCGGAUGGACUUGCCUUUUGGCCCUCCUUUUGG